AUGGCGGACGAAAGGAACUUUCGAUCGGCCUAUUACGAAAAAGUUGGUUUUAGAAGUGUCGAAGAGAAGAAAUCGUUGGAAAUUUUAUUGAAGGAAAAAACGCUGGAUAGAUGCAAGUUGAAACAUUUCUGUUUACGAUUCUCCUUACCAGCAACUUACAGGAAUCUAAUAUGGAAAAUACUGCUCGGCGUUAUCCCCAUCCAAGUCGAUUCGCACAAGUUUAUUAUGGACCAAAGAAGGCAAGAAUACCAAGACCUCUACAAAGCCCUGAUCGUGACGAGAAUCAUCGAUUCGAGCACGCCCAAACAGCAAAUUUUCCUCGCCAUGUGGCUGUUGCAGACCGGCAAUUACACCAUCGAUGCGAAUUUAUCGAUCGAAAGAGGUUACACUUACAUCGUGCAAUCGUUCAUCGAGCUCUUCGACGACGACGCCGAUAUUUUUUGGUUGUCGAGGAAUUUCUACGAGAACGUGCGGAAGUUCGAACCGAACGUCAGCAAGCUGGUCGAAAGGACGAACGUUUUAUUGGCGAAAGAAGAUCAGGAUUAUUGGAGGCAUUUGAGCAGGAACGGGAUUUUGGAUAAUUUGCCGUUGACGAAAUGGUUUGAUUGUUGCUUCGCUGGUGUUUUGAACAAGUCGGCGUUGGAGAGGAUUUGGGAUAAAUUGUGCGGCGGUUCCAAUAAAAUUCUCGUGUGUGUAGCUGUAGUUCUUCUGACAACGUUGAAACCUAGAUUGUCUAAAUGUUCGAAUAUAUCCGGGGCUUUGCAGCACGUUAAAAACAUUACCGAGGAAACGUCCGAUGUGAUAGCGAACAAAUCCAUUGAAAUGUGGCAGUCGACUGACUACAUAUGA